AAUUGUUGUGAUAAACUUAUUAAAUAGAGUAAAAUUGCUUAUGAGGUUCAGAUAUGUUCUGAAGUGAGCGUUGAGCCUUCCAACUGCAAUGGAAGAGGCGGUAAUUCGGCCCCAACAGGGUCUGCAAUUGUCUUCGAUCCCAAUGGUGGCUGCCGUGGCCUCAGUGUCGCCCAGUGGUCAAAGUGGAUCAGGCCAUACUCCUACAGGAGGUAACCUCUCUCCCAACCCAGCGGCACUAGGAGCACCCCCGGGAUCUCCAUCUCCUCAGCAGGUAGCACCUCAGCAUCAAGUACAAAUAGGUGCAGGAGGGGUCACUCCAGUGGGUCUCCCAUCCUCGCCGACUGUGAAUGCCAUGGCAGAAGCCGCGUUUGAUGAUCGACUAGACCCCAAUGCAGUUGCAAUUAGCCCCCUCAACCCCAAGUGGCUGGAAAGUAAAUGGACCCAAGGUAUCCUCUUGCUGAGUUGCUUCGUCAGCUUCAUCUCAAUUUGUGUAAACACUCCCAACAUGCUCUUCACCAAAGUCAAACCUUCUAAACUUUCAUCCAAUUCAGCUGAGAAUCAGGCAGAAUUCGAACCGAAUUUGACUGUGUUCUGGACUCUGUUUUCUGUCGAUCUCUUCUUGGCAUUGCUGUUCUCGCUUGAGACUUUAUCGACGUUCCUCCAUGCUGCAAGAAGGAAGUCGACUCUUGACGAAGCAGCUCGACCGUUUUCUUUCUCGAUGAUAUUUGACGCAAUCAUCUCUGCUUUUCAUUGGAUCUCACUUAUAAUACAAGGUUUGUUUCUGAUGAGGGUAUUCAAUCCUUAUUGUCCCAUUGUGAUCCUGAGGCUUCCGCGUACUUUAAUCAUUCUGAGACCCCUGAGACACUACUUGUCGUUCAGAGUGACUGCCAAUAAGUCAGUUGGAUUCAAUUCCGAGGACAAUAAGGUCUCCAAAGUGUUCAGGCGUUCUGGCAAGCAAGUAUGGAAUGUUACCAUGUUUCUUCUAUUCUUUCUCUGUCUCUAUGGACUAGUGGGUGUGCAGUUCUUUGGAGCACUGAACCAUCAUUGUAUACUAAAAGAUGCUAAUGCGUCCGAUAUUCAGAUUGAUGACCUCAUGAUUCCAGACACACAUUGCAACCCACAUAUUGGGUCAGAUUACGGCUAUCACUGUCCUCCGAUGUACGAGUGCAAGGAAAUCCACCUAAGAUGGGACCAAAGAGACUACAAUGGAUUCGACCACUUCAUCUACAGCAUAUUCACUGUCUACGAGAGCGCCUCACAAGAGGGCUGGAUACUGACCAUGUACAAAACUCAGGAUACAUUUGAGUUCUGGAAGUCAUACGUGUACUUCUUCACGCUUAUUUUCUUCCUGGCGUGGCUUGUAAAGAAUGUGUUCAUAGCUGUCGUCAUUGAGACUUUCGCAGAACUGAGAGUACAGUUUCAACAAAUCUGUGGAACCAAAAACUUCGGACUCGAAGAUGCACCUACGCAGAGGUUCGCGACUGCUGGGCCUUCUACAUGGGAAAUAGUAACUGUGGACGAGAACAAACGAAGAGGUCUUGCUCCUGAAAUAUGUAUGAGAAUAGUUCAGUCUUCAGCAUUCCACCUCACUGCUUUGAUGCUGGUGUUGGCCGAUGCUCUAUUAGCUGCGAGCACCCAUUACUCUAUUGCGAAUCAAGAACAAGUCAGAAAUUGGAAUGAGAUACUUUAUUAUGGCCAGAUUCUCUUCACUGUGCUGUUUGACUUGGAAGCACUGUUCAAAAUAUUCUGCCUGGGCUAUGCUGCCUACAUUGAGAGAGGUCUGCAUAAGUUCGAAUUCCUGGUGGCUGUUGGUUCCACCAUCAGACUGGCACCGACACUCUACCAGAGUCAGUUCACCUAUUUCCAGGUGUUGAGAGUUGUCAGACUCAUCAAAAUGUCUCCGGUCACUGAGGAGUUCGUGUUCAAGAUCUUUGGUCCAACCAAGAAGUUGGGUACUUUGAUCAUGUUCACAAUGAGCACCCUUAUUCUGACUUCGGCAGUCAGUCUGCAAUUGUUCUGCCACAUUGACGAUCUGAAGCACUUCGAGAAUUUUAUCCAGGCAUUCAUGGCGAUGUUCCAAAUCCUGACUCAGGAAGGAUGGGUGGAGGUCAUGGACACUACCAUGUGGAAGAGCGGAGAGUGGUUUGCCCCCUUCGUUGCCGUAUAUUUCGUGUUCUACCACUUAUUCGCUACUCUAAUCGUUUUAUGUCUCUUUGUGGCUGUCAUUUUGGACAAUCUGGAGUUAGAUGAAGACGUCAAGAGAAUCAAGCAGUUGAAGGCUAGAGAACACAAAGCGGGAACGGAGGAUAAGUUGCCAUGGAGACUGGCUCUGUUUGAGAAGUUUCCGGAUACACCUCAGAUGGUGACUGUGAAUAAGUUGUCGAGGAACUCAGACUUCCCGUCUGAUGCGAAAGUCAGGGACUCAUUCAUGCGCAACUUUAUAUCUGGUGGAACUGAAAAUGAAGUACUGGUCAAGUUGAUUGAGGGAGUUAGCGAACAAAUGAAGCCACGGCUGAAAGAAGCUUGGGAGGAGCCAACUGCAUUAGCGGCAGACAAGACCAAAGAAUUGAAGAAACUUCUCGCCACAGAAGACAAACGUGAACUAACGAAGAACCAACCCAAUUACUUCACGCGCAAAAUGCGCGCUCUAGCCGCACUCAAAGAUUGCAUUCGUUAUCAGAGCUUGAAUGAACAAGGCAAUGGCUCUGGUUCUGGGCUAGGGAUGUUGUACCGAGGUAACACAUCAUCAGCAGCGGGGACGUCGCUCUUUGCGACACAGCAUGCUUUGAGGCAGGAUCGUAGGCACAGAAGGUCGGGAUCCGUCAAACUGGGGAUGAAAGUUGACCAGACUAAGGAAAACGGACAUGUGUCUGCAUUUACUCCCGUCAAGACCAGAGAUCUGGACAUAAAGAUUCUGCAAGAGAAGACUCAACAAGCCGAAAUUAAAAGGAGUGCUAAAGAGGAAAAUCUACGGGAAAACCAUCCUCUAUUUGACACACCUUUGUUCAUGGUUGGACGCGAAUGUCGACUGCGGAAGUUUUGCCAGAUGAUUGUCACCGCCCAAUAUAAUCCAAUUGGAAGGGACAGACGCACCGGGCUGAUCAAGAGGUCAACAUACCAGCCGUUCUUCGAUCUUCUAGCUCUUGUCCCGUAUCUUGACUGGGCGAUGAUUCUAGUAACGAUUUUGUCCGGUUGUUCAAUGAUGUUUGAGACACCUUUUCACCGAGUGGUGGAACAUGAGGAGCUGCAGGUUGCGGAAUAUAUAUUUGUCACGGCAAUGUCACUCGAACUCACUUUCAAGAUGCUGGCCAACGGUUUGUUCUUCACCCCCAACGCGGUCAUCAAAGACUUCGGUGGAGUCAUGGACAUGAUAAUCUAUUUAAACGGACUUGUGUUCCUUGCCUGGCUUCCUGAGGAUGUUCCCGCUCACUCUUUUGCUCAGUAUCUGAUGGUCGGCAGAUGCAUGAGACCUCUGAGAAUAUUCUCCCUUGUUCCUGACAUGCGAAGAGUGGUGUACGAACUAGUUCGCGGAUUCAGGGAGAUCUUCUUGGUUUCCGUUCUCCUGGUUGCGCUGAUUUUCAUCUUCGCCAGCUAUGGAGUCCAGACAUUGGCAGGCAAGCUAUAUAGGUGCAAUGACCUCAACGUGCGCAACCUUAAUGAGUGCAGGGGCAAUUAUCUGCAGAAGAUAGCAGUUGUAAAGUACCUGCAUAUCGGAACGCCCGAAGAUCUUCCAUCAAUUUUGGUUCCACGUGUGUGGAGCAAGCCACGCACCUUCGGCUUCGAUAACAUAUUCCAAGCCAUGCUCACUCUGUUCGAGUGUUUGUCGCUGGAGGGCUACAAAGAAAUAGCCGAGUAUCUCAUUGACUUUGAGAGUACAGUUCCCAUACCCGUGAAUGGGCUGUUUGUUCACGUGUUUGUGUUCAUCGGUUGCCUGAUCGGAGUGACUCUGUUUGUUGGCGUCAUCAUCGCCAACUUCCAGGAGAACAACGGGAGAGCCCUUCUUACUGUAGACCAGAGAAGGUGGGAGGACUUGAAGAGGAGAUUGUCGCUAGUGCAGCCACUGCAUCUGCCUCCGAGGCCAGGCGACAGAUACUCGUUCAGACAGUACGUCUAUGACCAGAUCAUGAGCAAGAGAGCAAAGAGGCUCAUAGCCUUCUUAGCUGUCGCACAGAGCGCCCUACUCGGCGUUAAGUGGGAAAGCAAGAAUGAGGCAGCUAUCAACCUAGCUAUUUUGUCGGCGCUGUUCAAUGUUCUCUUCGCGGGCGAAGCCAUAAUGAAAUGUGUUGCUGUGUCCUUUCGUGGCUACUGGCAGAGCUUCAGGAACAGAUACGACCUCUUCGUGACCUUUUUGGGUCUUCUGUGGAAUGUGUUGUUCGCUGUCAAUUCUGAGCAAUUCUGGGAGCUGGGAACCCUGGUGGUCAUGUUGAGAUUUUUCACCAUCUGCGGAAAACAGGCGACCCUGAAGAUGUUGCUGCUGACUGUGCUGGUGUCAGUGUACAAGAGCUUCUUCAUCAUCCUCUCUCUCUUCGUCCUCAUCCUCUGCUACGCUCUCUCGGGAGUCAUCCUGUUCGGAACUGUCAAAUAUGGAGAGAAUUUGCACAGGCGAGCCAACUUCCACAAUGCUGGCCACGCCAUGACAGUUCUGUUCCGGAUAGUGACGGGGGAGGACUGGAACAAGAUCAUGCACGACUGUAUGCUCAGUCCCCCCAUGUGCACGGAGGCACCCGACUACUGGGACUCGGACUGUGGCAGCUUCACUGCAUCCAUCAUAUUCUUCUGUUCUUUCUAUGUCAUUCUCGCUUACAUUGUGCUGAACUUGCUCGUCGCUAUCAUCGUGGAGAACUUUUCUUUGUUCUACUCGAAUGACGCAGAUGCGCUGUUGAGCUACAACGACAUCAAGAUGUUCCAGGAGAAGUGGAAGAUAGUAGACCGGGAGAGGAAGGGAUACAUCACCACAAUACAAGUCCGCUUCCUUCUCAGACACCUCACCGGUCGUCUGCAAGUGGAUAUGGUGAAUGACAAGCUGCUGUUUAAACACAUGUGUUGUGAGGCGGAGAAGACGCACAACGGGGCAGAGGUCUCCUUCCACGAAAUACUCUCAAUGCUCGCUUACAGAUCAGUCGACAUUAGAAAGGUUCUGCAACUGGAGGAGUUACUGGAGCGGGAGGAGCUGGAGUUCAGCAUCGAGGAGGAGGUGGCCAAGCAGACCAUCAUCAACUGGUUCAACAAAAUAGUCAAGGCCAGAAACGUCCGGCGACAGACCACAGGGGAGACAUUUAUAUCUCAACUGAGGCACCAAAUAGAGGAGGAAGUCAUUCAGAAGUGGAACCCAAAUGAGACCAAUGUGCACAAACAGGGCUCAAUUGGGGGAGGGGCCGGUGGAUCUUCCAACAAUGCUGCAGAUGAUGGAACCACGGAAAAGAUGGGUCAGUUCCUAACUGCGUCAGAUGGUUCGAAAAAGUACAAGAAAGGACUCUGUCUUAAGAAAAACGUGAGCAGUGAAAGUGAAUCGAACGCCUCACUUGUCUACAUUGACUCAUGGAAAGCAGACACUUGUGCUGGAUCGGGCGCCAAAGUGCAGAGCUGGUGGAAUGCUGCAAUUCUACAAAACUCAAUUAAUGCAUCCGUAGACAGUGAAGAUAGUGAUGAUUCGGAUGAUGAGGACUGAGAUAUCAUCUAUCAUUUCGUUUUUUAUUGCAUUAAAAUUUAAUAGUUUGUAAAAAUUCUUCGAAGUUUGCUGAAAUUAGAUUAGAUCAUGCUCGUGUAAAAUAUUUGAUAAGCUGUAAUUUAAUUUAAAAAAGCACUGUCGAAAAUAGUAAAUUCGCAAAUAAUUUAUCUGAGACUUAUGUGCAAUAAAACAAACCUAAUUUAAAAUGUGCAAUAGAAAUUAUUAAAUGUGCAAUAUGAGAUAAUGAUUGCAACUCACUGCUUUCCAGUCAAUGAAAACUCAAUAUUGAUAUCGUGCAGUUCAUAACUAGAAUAUUUGCUCGCUUGCGUAGUACUACAUAGGUGUAAUGAGCACUAUGGCUAUGAGAAAUAUAAUAUUGUUUUACCUGUUUUUGAAUUCUGCGGCAUGCAUUACGAUGACCUAAUCAGAUUCACAAGUUUGUAAAAACAAGGUCACCACGGGAAUCAUUUCGCAUCU